AUGUCGAUGGAAUAAAAGAUAGAAGAACUGAAUCUAAAAUAUAAGAAAUUGAUUAAUGACGAUGAAAAUUAUAAUUCUAAAUUUACUAAGAACUUUUAAAAUUUUUACUAAUACGCAAUAGCUGCCGGAGAUGCCGAUUUUUCAAGAGGAAUUCAAGCAACUAAAAAACUUAAAAAGUUGAUUGAUACACUAUAUGACUCAUCAAAAUUAACCAAUUAGAUCAUUAUCAAGGAAGCUUUCUAUAGGUAAUAUUUGACGCCUGAUAAUAGCAUUUAAAUCCUAAUUUCUACUCUUUUAUAAAGUAUUAGAUGGCAAGAUAAUAAUGCAGGAAUAAUGAUAAUAAUUUUUUACUUAGAAUCAAAUUAUUAAUUUCUAGAUAUCAAAAUUUUAAGUUAAAUUUUUAAACUUCAUCUAACAUAAUACUUGGAAGAAUCAGAAGAAAUGCUAUAAGAAAACACAUCAAAAUUAUUAACAUUAUUAAUGAAUUAGAAUGACGUAUUUGAAAAACCUGAAUAUUUGGAAAUUCAGGAAAAACUUGUAUAAAGCAUGAAUUCAUCGUUAUAAUUAUGUGAUAAUUUUUAAGAUUGCUAUGAAGUUAUCAUUAAUUAUUUUUAAAAUAAUUGUUACUUAUAAUAAGAUUAAGACAAUUAUUAAUUAAUUGGAUUGCGGACUCAGAAAGUAGAUUUUUCAGAGAAAUACAUUUCAAAGAUUUAAUUAAGUCCUUUAUUAUAAAUACUUAAAGAACUAUAUAGCAAAACAAAUAUUAAUAAUUUUACUAAUCUGCUAAUUAAAUGCUGCUUAAUCAAUUAAAAGUAAACUUAGCUAUCUGCUUUUCAUUAGUUACUUUAAGUAAGUAAUAUUGAUUAAAGCGAUUUUAUUGAAGUUCUUAGAUACUCUUUAUUGCAUAACAACAUUGAAAUCAUUAAAUUAGGAACCUAAAUGGCGAAGAAUGUUAUUCAGGAUUAUGAAUGCAAUUAACUCUAAGAAAUUAAAUUGCUAAUCUAUCUAAAUUAAUCUCUAUAACCUGUAGGAGAUAUUUCAACUGAUUUGAUAAUGAAUAAAUUUAAGAUUGAGAAAAAUGACACUCUUAUUUUAAGGGAUAAUUUCAAGCUAAUAUUAAACAUAUGCUCAAUUUUAGUUUAAAGUGAAUAUUUUGAAUUUAGAGUUUAGACAUGGAGAAUUAUGUAUAUUCUAAUAAAAUAACAAAAUUUGUAGGAUCUUUAAUAAUGCAAAAAGCAAAUAGUUUAACUAAGCUAAAUUGCAAAAAGCGAAACUUUAGAGAAGGCAAUCUAUUAUUUUUUAUAUUUUAUUGAAUUAUUAGUUAAAAAAUUAGAAGAUUCAGAUAAAAAUGAAAAUCUUUUAUUUGCUUAAAUCAUUUGUAAUUUUGUUGGUCAAUUUAGAUAGAAUUCAAUUACAGCAAAAAUAUUAGAUAUUUUCAACUAUUUCGAUUUCAAUGACGCAUAACUAUUACAAUUAUAAAGUCAAAGCAAUGUUCAAGAUUCAAAUGAAAUUUAGUAGGCUUGGAAAGAAUUACGAUAAAAGUUUUAAUAGCUUAAAUCUAAAGCUUGA